UAUACGUUUUCGUUUACCUUCCGUACGUUACCCAUUUCAUCCCAAAAUCAAAACAUUAAGCUUAACUUGAGAAAAUGGAUGAAAAUAGCUUGAUCUAUGGUCUAGAACUCCAGGCCAGGGCACUAACGCCUCAAUAUGGUGAGAGCAACGAUGUGUGCUUUUUUAUAGCCACCAACUCCCUGAAACCCACGAAUCAAGUGCAUUUAAUUCAGUACGAGGAGGAACAGGGAACUGUGCAAUCAAAGGUCUUCGAACAUGCCCUGGGUGAAGUGUGGAAACUAAAUAGCUGCCCUCAUAAUGCGCGCCUGCUGGCCUCCGUCUAUAAUGUCCAAAAAGGAGCUCAAGUGCUCACCCAAUCGGCCUUAUUAACUCUGCCAGAGGAUUUGAAUCCGGAUCCGGAGCAACUAAAGUCGGAAUACCUGCCGUGGCAGCAGGUGGAGGUCUUGGAAGCCCCCGGAGAACGUGUGAAAACCAUCGAAUUCCAUCCCAGCCAGGAGCAGACAAUCGCCUGUGUGGUGGACAACAAGGUGGCGGUGAUGCAGAGGGCAGAAUCCUCCACCCGUGUGGUGGCCGAGGUGCCCACCAGCGGAUCCUCCAGUGGAUCAGCCAAGCACACGCUUCACUUCACCACGGGCAAGUGGUCGCAUCACCACCAGGGACACCAGUUCCUCACCCUCCACGAUGGCCAUCUGAGUGCCUACGAUGUGCGGGACACGCAGCACUGUGCCUGGAGCAUCAGCGAUGCCCACGGGCAGAUGGUGCGCGACCUGGACUGCAAUCCUAACAAGCAGUGCCACCUGGUCACCGGCGGGGACGAUGGCUACCUGAGGAUCUGGGACUGCCGGAUGCCCAAGGCUCCGGUCUUCGAACGCUCCGAUCACUCGCAUUGGGUGUGGUCCGUGCGCUUCAACACAUUCCACGACCAGCUGCUCCUCUCCAGCUCCAGUGACUGCAAGGUGCUGCUCACCUGCGCCGGAUCCGUGAGUUCGGAAACUCAGGUCCAGGCGGGACUAGAUGACUCCAAUUUCAGUGGGGUAGAGCCCGAGGAGAGGCACAAACUCUUGCCAGAUGGACUGCUGCAAACAUUCGAUCAGCACGAGGACUCUGUUUACUGCGCGGAAUGGAGCAAUGUGGAUCCCUGGAUCUUCGCUUCCCUCAGCUACGAUGGGCGCGUAAUAAUCUCCAAGGUGCCCAAGCAGUACAAGUACCAGAUUAUAUUUUAAGACAUUUACUUCUUAAGU